GGAACACGGGCCGCAUGCGCGUGGAGCAGCCCUUUGAGUUCUGCCAGCAUGGCUGCCAUAGGGGUUCACUUCGGGUAUACCUGCGCUUGUGUGGCGAUAUUUAAGGAUGGGCGGGCUGAUGUUGUGGCUAAUGAUGCAGGAGACAGAGUGACCCCAGCUGUGGUGGGCUACAGAGACACUGAGCAGAUUGUAGGUAUAGCAGCAAAGCAAGGACGGGUCCGCAACGCUGCUAACACAGUUGUCAAAGUGAAACAAGUGCUGGGGAGAAGCUUUGAUCAUCCAGAGACACAAACUCAUAGAGCAGAGACAAAGUGUCAGGUGGUCAGCAGACAAGAGAAGCCUUAUUAUGAGAUCACAGCAGGAGAACACCCUGAGUAUAUUGCUCCAGAGGAUGUGGCAAAACUCAUCUUCCACAAAAUGAAAGAAACGGCUCAGUCAGCCCUGGGCUCGGAUGUCACUGAAGCAGUCAUCACCGUCCCCUUUGAGUUUGCACAUGCUCAGAAGAGCGCUCUGAGGGAGGCAGCUGAAGCUGCAGGCUUCCAUGUACUGAGGCUGAUCCAUGAACCUGCUGCUGCUCUGUUGGCCUAUAACAUUGGACAGGACUGUUCUUCUGGAAAGAGCCACGUCUUAGUGUAUAAGCUGGGCGGGACAUCCCUGAGUGUGACAGCGCUGCAGGUCAAUGGAGGAAUGUUCCGGGUUCUCAACACCCACACUGACCACAGCAUUGGAGGAGAGAGCUUCACCCAGGCCUUGGCCCAGCACCUAGCUGCCGAAUUCAAACGCACCUUUAAGCACGAUGUGAGCAGUAACGCUCGGGCCAUGAUGAAGCUGAUGAACGGAGCGGACAUGGCCAAACACUCUCUGUCCUCACUGGGGUCAGCCAAUUGCUUCGUUGACUCCCUGCAUGACGGCACCGACUUUGAAUGCAACAUAUCCAGAGCUCGAUUUGAGCUGCUCUGCUCCUCGCUCUUCAACAAGAGCAUCCAGCCAAUCAGAACCCUGCUAGAGGAGGCAGGACUCUCAACCAGUGACAUAAACAAGGUGGUUCUCUGCGGUGGCUCAGCCAGGAUCCCUCGCCUCCAACAGAUGAUCCGUGAUAUGUUUCCUGAUGUGGAGCUUCUCAGCUCAGCGCCUCCUGAUGAAGUCAUCGCUGUGGGAGCGGCCCUGGAAGCAGGCUUACUGGUGGGCAAAGAUGACCUUGCCCCUGAGGAGGAGUCUGUCACAGUGGAUGUUUCUGCCACUGACAUACUAGUGAAGGAGCUGGAUGAAAACGGAGCCGAGGUAUUCACUGUUCUACUUCCAUCAGGCACGCCCCUCCCUGCCCGCAGACAUCACGUCCUGAGUGGAGGGGGGGACCUGUCCUCCGUGUGUCUGGAGAUUUACCAGAGAUGUGUCACGGAGCAGCCUGAAAAACUAGCUAAGAUUGUGUUGAAGAACCUGCAGCCUAAAGAGGAGAACCACGACAUCGACACUGUGGUGACCAUGAAAAGGGAUGGCUCCGUUCAUGUUUCCUGUGUAGAACAGAUCAGUGGAAGGCCGGAGGUCAUCACCAUAGCAGCUGCAUCAUGAAGCCACCCGCACACACUGUCAGUGCAAUGUUUUUGUUUUGUUUUUCUCACUCAAUAAACAGAAUCAAAGUCAAA